AUGAGAAUCAGCCUGAGCAGGCUUGCAGACGCAAGGGCGCUCACGGAACACUGCGGGUGGAAGCUGCAGGUCGCACUCUGCGUAGACCGGCAGCCGACGCAGUUUGCGGAAUUCGCGGCAGACAGGGCGUUCCGUGAGUUCGCGGAGGCCUGGAGGCGCUCCACACUCACCCAGCUCAACGUCCCGAAGCUCUCGACCAUUGAGAGCAAAAUCACGCACAAAAUUACGCCUUCCAAGGAACGGAAGCCCGCUUCCACGAAUACGGAAACCGAAGCCGCCGUGGAAGUCACGGAGGAACUCGACGAGCUGCUUGCUAGGGAGAUUGCGUUCCGACCGACCAGGAGGCGGACGCAGAAGGGGCAGCUGGAGACCAAGCAGGUCGAGAAGGUCAACGUCGACGGAGACCUGAGGAACGUGGAGAGGCUUGCGCAGCACUGGCUGUUCCUCGCGCUCAAACACAGGCUGCACGGGUGGAUGCUCCCAACCGCCGACCUGUACCACGGGGACGGCCUUAGACAAACGCUACAACGGCUGUGCGCCGAGCAGCUCGGUGAGAGCUAUACUCCCUAUUUUAUCGGGUACGCGCCUUUCUUCCACCGGACCCUCCCGGUCCCGCAAGUUGGCGUGGAGUCCGAGAUAAAGGGCAACAAGAUAUUCUACUUCCGCGCGCGGCACGUGCCCGGGACGGCGCUAGACAUACGGCCGCAGACGACCGACAUCGUCGACCACGCGUGGCACUACCGCUCGUGCAACAUGGCGAAUAGCAGCAAGAGCAAGACGAACAGCGAGGCGCCCAGGGUGGUCGCAUGCGCGGCUGACCCCUGCUACCGUGCCCUGAUUUACGUGCUCGCGUUCGUCCUCGCGCACUUCGCGGUGCUGUACAAGACGCGAUUCGACGUUAACGCGAUAGCUAGGCGAUCGGUGCUGGUGAACCUGCUGCACAUGACAGAGAGCAGCUGGGCAGUCGGGCUCUUCGUCCUUCAGGCAGGACUCGGGUUCCUGUCGCUCUGCGUGUACGCGUCCAGGUUCGUCGCCGCGGGAUCGCCGCUGCCGUUCAUUCUCCACGAGCACACCGAUCUGGUCGGCCACACCGCCGUCGUGACUGGCGGCACAAGCGGCGUCGGCAGGGAGACGGCCUUGCAGCUGCUGCUGUGGAGGUGCAAGGUCGUGAUCAUCGGGCGCGACAAAACCAAGGGCGCGAACGCCGUGGAAUACCUCCGGCAAAAGGCCAAAGUGGGAUUUGAGAUGAUCCAGUACGUGGAGAUGGACCUCAACGACAAGAAGUCAAUCGCCACGGCCGCGGCGGAGAUCCUGCGCACCAACGCCUCGAUAGACUUCCUCAUCAACAACGCCGGCGUCGCCCAGGAGGCCACCAUGAACGCGCACAAGAUGGAGUCCAUGUUCGCGGCCAACUUCCUCGGGCACUUCUACUUCACCAAGCUGCUCAUGGGCGCGCUCAAGAGGGACAAGGCGCGGAUCAUCAACGUGUCCAGCCUGGCGCACUACUGCUACAACCCGAACGACGACCCGCUCCUCAAGGGCGGGCACACCAUGCAGCUCCCCCGGAACGCCAACGCCCAAACCUACUACGCCAGGUCGAAGCUCUUCAACAUCUGGCACGCGCAGGCGCUGCAGCGGCGGUUCGACAAGCUGGAGAAGGAGCACAGGGGGGUAGUGUGCUUCUCAGCGGCGCCGGGCAUCGUGGCCACGCCGCUGCUGGAGAGCUACACGCGGCGGAUCCUGGCGCCGGUCCUCAGGGCCGUCGUCUGGUGCUUCACCAAGACGCCCAGGGAUGGCGCCAACACGAUACUGUACCUCUGCUCCGCCCCGCUGGAGGAGCUCACCCCGGGAGGGUACUACUACGAGUGCAAGCUCGGGUACGUGAGCAAGCACGCGCAGGACGCCCCCAAGCAGGAGGCCCUGUACGAACUCGCAGAGAAAAUGCUUAAGACUUAA